AUGGAGGUGGAUGGUUUUGGGACGCAACAACAGGAGGAGACCCCACCAACAAUGUUGCAUACCCCAACAGCAUUCAACCCCAAGAUGGCGCACGUCGCCCCACAUGACUGUUCGUUGCAGUUGUCAGAUUUGGAGAACUGCUCUGCUCCUAACAGGGCACGACUGCCUUGGCUUGCUGGAACGGCCGAGGCAUGGAGAGCCAUCAGCAGCGGAACAACGACAAUAGCGAGAGUCUUCUUGGAACACGCCAUGAAGCUCUAG